UACUAAAGUCGUGUUGGUUCACCCUCAGUCCUGGACACCUCCCGACCGCCACGCUCGUUUGCCACCCGCGUCAUAACUCUUGUGGUUGCGGACAUUCUCGCACGUUUUGCUUGGUUUCUUGGGUGCCAAGUCUUGAACAGGUACAGAAACAGCAUGCCUCCUAGGCGAUCUCCUAAGCGAUCGUUCGUGAGGCUAGACAACAUUGAAGACGGCGAGACUGUCCAUCAGCGCUGUGUACUCAUCUCAGGCCGAUGCGAGUCGUUCACCAAAGGGGAAGACUUCAUAUCAAUUUCAACUCUUGUUGCCUAUGGAUCUGAUGCCUUUCCGGUCCAAAAUUGGCCUGCUGCUGAAGGCCACUUCAGAGCUCUCAUUAUUCUCUCUCCUGGACUGAACAAGGUCGUCUUGAAGCACCAUCACAAUGGAGAGUUUCUGGCUGAAGUUUCUUUCAAUGUCACUUAUAUUCCACUUCUUCAAUUUCCACCCCUUCAUCUCGCUAUCAUGGUUGGAAAAGAUUCUCCUCUUCUGAUCGACUGCCCUCCGGUAAAGAGGGGUGCUUACUCUACCGCGCAUGCCGACCUUGACGGAGCUAUAUCAAAGCUGCGUAUGACAGCUUACAUGUGGCAAGCACUCACUGCAGAAGACAUGCGAUCUAAAGGACUUGGGCGCCGAUCGUUUCGUUUCGAUGAGGAGUGGGCUGUCGAUACCCUUAGUCGCGACUUUCUCCAAGCCACUUAUAACGACGACCUCGAGAGCGAGAAUGCUAUGAGGUCGACUGCGAAGGUUCACAUCAUUAGGUCCUCAAAGACUACGAAGGAACUACGAAGUGCCAACAUCACCCAACAAAACCCGAGUGCCAGCCGCAAGCAUGACCUCUUCGAGUUUUUCCUAGAUGCAUUGAAAGAAACUGGUGGUCCUUUUACCUCCUCCGCUCACCCUGUAGUUGCUGGUCUUAUCCUCGAUGCACACUACUCACCGAGCCAGAAGAUCAUUCUCGCCCACGCUGCUUUGGGUUGCCACAAUCCCGACGGUAUCUCUUUAGGCAUGUUCGGAAGUCACCUCACGUACUCUUGGCCGCGCUUCAUUGAAGAGGUCCCCGCCUGUCUCACAGAUACAAGACCACCGGGAGACAAAGUCGGCAAUGACAAUGGCGAGUGUGGAACCAUGUGGGAAGCGUGCUCGAUAGGCCAGGGUGCACAUAUCCAUGAAGUGGGACAUGCUUUCGGCCAACCGCAUCGUCCCGGCAUCAUGGAACGUGGUUUUGCUCAGGAUUGGCCCAAGAACUUUCUACCUCGUACAGCAUAUUGCUCAGCCAAGAAGACAGAAGGUGUGGUGGUUACUGCUGAGACACCGAACAAUGCCCACUGGAACCUCAUCGAUGCGCUAUCGUUCAAAGCACUGCCUCAUUUCAGACUGCCUUCCGAUCCUAUCCUACCAGCGAAAAUGCGAGACCUCCUGCCCAACGUUCAACUAGAGUACGUGGAUGACGAAGAUCUGAAACCCGCGAUUGGUAUCGAGUCGGCAAUUGGGAUUGCGCGGAUACAAUUCAAUGAUACUACGGAAGACCAUCCGUCCGUGUCUGAGCCAAUGAAGAUUCUUCGGUACACGAUGGAAGACCUCGAGAAGCGCUUUGAUCGUACGGAGCAUCUGAAGCUCCACGUACUAGGGAUGAACGGCAAAGAGAGGAACGUCAGCAACGUUUGGAAGAUCUUCUCGAGCACGUCGUAUGUCCGCGUGCCUGGCACUUCGCUGAAGCUCUACAAGAGGGGUGUGUACGGGGAUCGGUUUGAGAGCAGAUCAGAGGAUGAACGUGUGUGGGAGUGGGCUCAGCUUCUUCAUGAGAAGAAGAGCGAUGGCACCCUAACACGAGCCGUCAAAGUCGACAUGCGUGUCGGGGCAAUCUGGGACGGCGGCGUCGUUUACUACGAAGACGGCCACAGAUCGCAUUGGGGGCCCAUGCGUAGUCCGGGAGGCCAUGAGCAUCACUUUGGAGGCGGAAGUUCCGAAGCCAUCGACCUCCCACCAAAUGUAGAAAUCAAGAAGAUCGAAGUCAACCGCAAAGACGACUGGGGAGUCAUGUCGGGUGUGCGGAUGCAUCUCAGCAACGGCGAUGUGAAAGGCGAACUGAAUGCCCGUGGGGGUUCGAACGUUCUCACGUUGGAACCCGGCCGCCAUGAACGAAUCAUCGGCUUCUACGGCGCCAACGACUGGGGCCGCAAUUUCUCUGGCGUCCUCCAAUUCGGUAUUAUCACCGCGCCGAAAGACAUUGAGCUCCCAGCACAGGUGUACGACUUGCCGGAACUCAAGAACACGGACGGUGGGCUGGGCGAGAACCCAACGCGGGACUCGGACAUGGAGGACGGCUCGGGCACAGACGGUGAGAGUGAGGACACCGAAUCCGAGACUGGGUUUUUGUUAUUCGACUAACUGGCGUGAAGAUCCUGAGGAUUCCGAGGAUGAUCUGUAGCCUGAUCGGCCGUUUGACUUAUGGAAUGUGCAGAUACGGAUGAGGAUUCCCUGGAAGGUGGAGUGUAUGACUAGGGCUCCGGGAAGUCUCCGUUUGUAUGCCACAUGUCUG